AAACAAAUCCGCAUGUUCUUGACGUCGGUCUCCCAAAAAUCAUCGAAUUUAAGUUAAUUUUAAUCAAUUUAAUUAAUUUCUGCCCCUCAAUUCACUAAAAAAUGGUCGUUUUCGCCUGUAACCAUUGCGGGGAGUCCCUCAAAAAGCAAGCUGUCGAGAAACACAGUUUCAGAUGCAGUCGCAAUAUCUUCGUCUCAUGCAUGGAUUGCCAAAAGGACUUCAAAGGCCAGGAAUACGACACCCACAUAAAAUGCAUCACGGAAAUGGAAAAAUACUCCGCCAAGGGGUACGUGGCGCCAGCAAAUUCCAACAAAGGAGCCAAAAAACAAGAAGCUUGGGUCGAAAUGGUCCGCACGAUCCAGCAACAACAAAAAAACAUCUCACAAAGUGUGAGUAAAAUUCUCACAACCAUCUCGCAGCACGACAACAUCCCCCGGAAAAAAGCCAGCUUCCUGAGAUUCCUGCAAAAUUCCUUCCGCUACAUGAAAAUGGACGACAUUGAAGCUGCCUGGAAUUUAUUGGAGGAGGAAAUGAAGAAAAAUAAACCGCAACCAGCACCUCAAGCAGCUCCGAAGACGGAAAAUUCGCAAAAUGGAACGUCAAACGGGACAAAUAAACGAAAAUUGGACGAAGAAGAGGAAGAAAAGCCCGAAAAUGGAACAAAAAAAGCGAAAAUUGAGGAAACAGAGACAAAUACCGAGAAAUUUGACUGGGCAAAAACCAUCAAGGACAUUCUACUGUCGAAAAAUAAUCAGUUGAAGCUGAGUAAACUGAAGAAAAAAGUAUUUCGCAAGUACAAGACGUGCACGGGCACCGACGAAAUCAGUGAUAAAAUCGAGAAAAAGUUCAACAAAAAGUUACGAAAGUUGGGACUCUUGAUUAAAGAGGACACAGUCCAAUUAAUUGAAUAAAAUUCAGUAAAUUUAAUGAAUACUGUUAACGUAUUUCCUUUAAAUUUAUUUUUUUCUCUAAUAAUAUUUUUUCUAAUUCUAGAAAUUGACAAGAAACAAGCGAAC